GUAAAAAGAAGAGUUAUCAUUCAAUACGAAUACAGAAUGCUUUCUGUAAAUACUUUUUGUCUGAUUAUAUUACUUUUCGUUUAAAUUAUUCGCCCUGCACUGUCUAGUAUGCCUACCACAAAGAGAGAAGAAAAUGCUUUAUCGCGUCGCUACUGGCACCGUUUAGAAGAAAUAAUACAGGGCAGUGAUCAUCGGGUCUACACAGUUUCAAAAGUUGCUGCCUUUAUUUCGAGUCUCCUAUAUUUAUUAGCUCUACUAUUGCGACGCGUGGUAUCGCCUUCUCCCCGUGGCAAGAACAUAAAAGUAGUUAAUUCUUCGUCAAAGUAGAAAAUUGUAGUUUGGGAAAAAGAAGCUAAAGUAUGAUCACGAUAUACAUGUUGCUAGUAGUACUUUAUGUUUAAAAUUACUUUGAAUGCUCCUUUAAUCAUUUAAAGGGACUAUAUGUGUGCAUUCCCCCAACCACACCUUUGUGUUUCCUCCGUGUGUGGUCUAUUAAUGUCACAGACUUAAAAAGUGAUUUACAAUUACAUUGCUUUUUUAUUUAGCUCCAAAGAAUCCCUUAUAUGUCAUAUCUUUCAAUUGGAACACCUCGUUCACAUUGUCAAAGUACAAAGUCGAUAUCCAAUAACAGACCUAUUUCUACAAAUGAAGCUAUGCUUUUCCGAAGGUUGAAAGAAAGGCAUCAAAAUUAGAAUAGUACAGCGGAAUGACUUGCAUAUUCACAACUUGCUAAUUAUACCAUCCUUGAAGAAACAGUAGAAAGGGAAAGAAGCAACAGCUGAAAAAUGAUUUUUUCCAUGUUGAAAAUGCCAUCCCGCUUUGCGUGCGCCUCCGCGAUGCACUUUUGUUUCAAGCCUUUCUUCUUUGUAAGGUUCGUAACGCUUCCAGACGUUGGGUAAGGAUUGCUUAACGGGCUCAACCUUGUAAACUACGACGUCUUAGAGGUUCAGCACCUUCGGGAAUUGGUAGGCAUCGUUCGGACAGAUAGAACUCACCUUAUCCCCACAGCCCACGCGACCAUGUCACGCAGCCUUAGACAAUCUGUGCGUGACUUUUUAACCAGUGCGGCGUUAGCGGUGAGUGUGAGGAAAACCCUCUCAGCUCCGACCUCGGGCUAUGUUCCGGAUUAUAUCCAUACUCAGUAAAACGCAGUACGACUGUACACCACAAAUAAGUUUUGGAUCGCCCUGAGAGCGAGUUGAUGUGAAUUCUUUUCUUUUAAAAUUAUUGUAUAGAGAAGAAUAUUACAACCUACGUCGGAAUCGUCUUUUGCACUGAUUCAAUUCACCACUGAGUUGGGUGUUCUUGAUCUUCCUGAUGACCAUCCCUUACGGUAUCCUGCUGAUUACUGUACUUCUUGUCUGCACAUGCAAGCUUUCCGACGUAGUCUACAUCCCGUCAACUUUAAUGAGCAAUUUUAUCUGACCUUACAUUCUGACCGCCAUGCGUAACUUCGCAACAUUGAAUUUGACAAAGGAGUUGUGUUCCAGUCGGCAUAAUACCUCGGUUAUAUAUCAGCUGCUCGAAAGUAACCUUAUCUACGCUCCCCGUGCUUCAGAGCUUGUUCUGUGUGUCAUUGUCAUAUUUUAUUUGUGGCUUGUUCUGACUAAACACACCACAUUUGACGAUGAUGACCUGUUUAUUCCUACAAAGCACAUUGAAGGAAGACCUGUCAAUGAUAUCCCAACUAUAGAAAUAAAGAAGAAGCUCAAGAUGUAG